AUAACAGAUGAGGGGGCGUGUCCUGGGGGGGUCCUCCGCUGCCGCCGCCGGAGGCUCCCAAGAUGGCGGCGCUGGCGGAGCGGGGCUACGCGCUGUCGUGCGGGCGGCUCGGCCGCGGCACCCGCGUCUCCGUCUUCCACGUCAAGCUCACCGAGUCCGCCCUCCGCGCCUUCGAGGCCUACCAGGGACGCAAGGAGUCUGUGGUGCUGAGACCGUCGAUCCAGUUCCAAGGAAAACAAGGGCACAUCUCGAUACCCCGGCCAGACUCUCUGACGGAAGCCCGGACCUUCUCCUUCUAUCUCUAUAUCGGCAAGGACAGUCCCCAGGGCAGCUUCGACUGCAUCCAGCAGUAUGUGUCCAGCGACGGGGAAAUCCAGCUGGACUGUCUGGGCAGCAUCCAGGAUAAAAUCACCAUCUGUGCCACCGACGAUUCGUACCAGAAGGCCAAGCAGAGCAUGGCCCUGGCGGAGGAGGAGACGCGAAGCAGAAGUGCCAUUGUCAUCAAGCCCGGAGGCCGCUACGUCGGCAAGAAGGUCCAGAUGCGCAAGCCCGCACCGGGAGCGUCUGACACGGUGCCCUCGCGGAAACGGCCAACACCCGUCAACCUCGCCAGCGCCAUCAAGAAAGGCAACAGCGCUGUGUCUCAGCGGCCCUUCCGAGACCGGCUCGUGCAUUUGCUGGCCUUGAAGCCAUACAAGAAGCCAGAGCUGAUCCUGAGGCUGCAGAAAGACGGCCUCGCCCAGCUGGACAAGGAUUCCCUGGAUAGCCUCUUGCAGCAGGUUGCAAAUGUGAACACUAAAGACGGAACAUGUACCCUCAAGGAUUGCCUCUACAAAGAAGUGCAGAGAGACUGGCCUGGAUAUUCAGAAGGAGACCAGCAGCUGCUAAAAAAAAGGUUUCUUUUCCGGAAACUCUGCCAGCCGCAGAACACCAGCUGCGCCCCGGAGAACCAGGCUCUAAGCCCCCCCAAAGACAGCGUGAGUUUGUCCUCUUCCCCUUCCCAGAAACGAUCUCAGCCGUCGGAGUUCAUCGACCCGCUCUCCAGCAAAAAGCAGAGGAUCUCUCACUUUGCCCAAAGGACUCCCGCCGUUUUCAACGGCAAGCUGAACGCCACCAACGGGAAGGAAGCCUCUUUGCCCGCAGCGGUGGACUCCGUCGGCUCCAGCUCCCUUUUGCCGCCCCUGGAGCCCCCAAGGCCUCACGACCCCCUGGCCGACAUCGGCAACGACGUGAGCCACAACGGCAAAGACUUUGAGGCGCCGGAGGCGGCCGACAGGCUAGCGGUUACUCGACCGGCCGCGGACUACGCACAGGCGAGCCGGCACAGUUAUGGCUUGCAUUCGAAAACCAAGAAGAAACUGAAGAAGCACAAGGAGAGGGAGAGGAAGGAGGAGGAGGGGCAGGCCAGAGGGAAGCCGCCCGGCAGCGCUCCCAAGAAGGACAGCGUGAAAACGGGCUCCUCGCAAAACACAGCAGGUUUGAACGGGGCCUGUAACAGCUGCAGUGCUCCAACGUCCACCUCAGAGAUGCCGAAUUAUUUGCUCAAAUACACGGCCAUCUCCAGCUCGGAACAGCGGCAGAGCUACAAGAAUGACUUCAACGCCGAGUACAACGAAUACCGGGACCUGCACGGGCGCAUCGAGAGGAUAACGCGGCGCUUCACGCAGCUGGACUCGGAGCUGAAGCAGCUGUCGCAGGACUCCGCCGAAUACAAGAUCAUCCGUGAUCAAAUCUUGCAGGAGUAUUGGAAGAUUAAAAAGACAAACCCGAACUACAGCCAGGAGAAGAACCGCUGCGAAUACCUUCACAACAAACUAGCCCACAUUAAAAAACUGAUAGCCGAAUACGACCAACAGCAGUUCCAGUCUUGGCACUGAUGCGAGGGCCGAGGGAGAGGCGGACGCGAUCCCGUGAACCAUUUCCAGGAGGAGAGAUGAUGAAAGAAGCGAGAUCCCUCGCUGACCGAGAGAGCCGGGCUUUCCAAACCUGAGGAGCGCAGAAUCCCCCGCUAGGACUCCUGUCUUUCUGCCUGCCAAGAACCGGCCUGCCCGAAGUCUCCACGCCUGGCCUCCCACCUCUCUCUCUCUCUUCUCCUCCCCCUCCCCUCCUGAUAUUAAAACAAAAAUUAAAGAGA